UCGUUCAGAUUUCAAUAGGCGCAGGCGGUUGGGUAGCCUAUGGCAUACUGAGCGUCCUUUGCCUUGUUUAUCUUAUGUUGUUUCUGAUUGUUGUUAUCAAGGUCAUCGAAACUGUUGUGCACAUUCUUGGUCGGGUCGGCUUUGAUCACUCCAGAUGGCCAGUCGAAAGCGGAUUGAUCAGUGUGCUUUCUCUUCUCGGAUGUUGCGGGCCACAGAGUGUCCUACUUUGCACCUAUGAUGUACCACCUCGUGGUUCUUACGGUACGCAUCAUCUUGCAUAUGUAACAUUUACUGCACUCAUGUAUCUGAACCACACUCUGUUUUGUGUUGCUGGUACGUACGGUUACAGUACUGGAUUUGAUACAUGCCCUUAACGUGAGAUAAAUUAAGUUGUCGUGAAUAAAUCGAUGUCCACGACUUGAAAUACGAUGACACGUUGCGGUGCAUGUCAUUUUGAGAACGAGCAGGUUGGAAUCAGGAGUCGGGGACUGGUGCGCAAGCACCGUCACGAUACAUAG